GAUCUUACAUUUGAAUGAUCGUGAUCAACCAUGAUAUUCCGUGGUAUUAAUUGUAAGUGCAUGCCACCAAACCCAAGGCAAAAGACCAAGGUGACAACAAUACAAUUACAUUUUCUCCGUCGGAUGGCAACUUGAUCAAAAUGGUAAACGACCAAUGCAGGGAGCUAGAUUUUUGUCCUUGGUCCGUAGGUGGACAACCAUAGCGCCAUCCAAUUUCAAGUCCUUCACAUCCUACAGUGAUCCAAGCUAUCAUCUGGGUGUUUACUACAAAAAUGAAACAAUUAAUGACUUAAUUAAAUCCGGGCGUUUAAACGAUGCCCAAAACCUGUUCAACCAAAUGCCCACAAGAGAUAGCAUUACAUAUAACUUGUUGAUUUCUGGGCACGGUCGAUAUGGGAAUCUAAAGCAAGCUCUGUAUCUUUAUAAAGAAAUGGUUUCGGUAGGAAUCAAAGAAAGUGGUCCUACAUUUUCUUCUGUGGUUACUGUUUGUGGGAAUGGGGGUUUUUAUAGAGAAGGAAUUCAAGUUCAUUGCAGGGUGAUUUCCCUUGGGUUUAGAUUGAAUUUGUAUAUUGUAAGCUCACUUGUGAAUCUUUAUCUGCAUAUGGGACUUGAUUGCGUGGCUCUGAAGUUGUUUGAUCAAUUGCCUGAGCGGAAUUUAGCUGUAUGGAAUUUGAUGCUAAAUGGAUUUUUGGAGCUUGGUAAAAUAGAGAAAUUAUUUGAGUUUUACGGCCAAAUGGAGUGGGACGGUGUCAAGCCCGAUGGACUUAGUUUUUGUUAUUUGUUUCGCGCUUGUUGCAAUGAGAGGUUUGUUAAUGAAGGAAAGCAGCUGCAUUGCCAUGUGAUUAAGGCUGGAUGGGUGGAUCUUAAUGUUUUUGUUGCCAAUGCUUUGGUGGAUUUUUAUUCUGCCUGCAGGAGUGUUGUUGAUGCGAGGAAAGCGUUUUCGAUUAUUCCAGUUGAGGAUGUGAUAUCAUGGAAUUCAAUUAUUUCUGUACACGCUGAGAACAAUUUGUUGUGUGACGCACUUGAGUUAUUUGGUAGGAUGCAUUUCUGGGAGAAAAAACCAUCUGUUCUUUGCUUUUUGGGGUUCUUGAAUUUAUCCAGUAGGAAAGGGGAUAUUCUAUUUGGGAGGCAAAUUCACUGUUUUGUUACAAAAAUUGGCUUUUAUUCUGGGAGUGUUCAUAUUCAGUCGGCUUUAAUUGAUAUGUACGGGAAAUGUGGUGACAUUGGAAGCUCUGUAUCUGUAUAUGAGAGUGCUUCUGAGAGAACUUUGGAGUGCUGUAACUCAUUGGUAACCUCGCUGUUGCACUGUGGUAUCACUGAAGAUGUGUUUGAGAUGUUCGGUUUGAUGGUUGAUGAAGGAAUUGGGAUUGAUGAGGUUACUCUCUCUACUACGCUGAAAGCAUUAUCAGCGACCACUUAUGCUAGUUUGGGCAGCUGCAAACAGUUGCACUGUUGUGCUAUAAAAUCUGGUUAUGAAUCUGAUAUGGCAGUUUCAUGUUCUCUAAUCAAUGGGUAUUCAAGAUGUGGUCAUUUUGAACUUUCUCGCCAGGUUUUCAAAACACUUCGUUCACCAAAUGUCUUCUGCUUUACAUCUAUAAUCAAUGGAUAUGCCCGAAAUGGAAUGGGAAAAGAAGGUGUCAGCUUGUUGGAAGCAAUGAUCCAGAAGGGCCUGAUACCUGACAAAGUGACAUUCUUGUGUGUUUUAAGUGGGUGUGACCAUGCAGGUUUGGUUGAAGAAGGAAAGUUAGUGUUUAACUUAAUGAAAUCUUUUUAUGGCAUUUGCCCGGAACGGCAGCAUUUUUCAUGUAUGAUAGAUCUUUUAGGCCGUGCAGGUCUGCUGAGUGAAGCUGAAAAGUUGUUGCAACAGGCACCAGGAGGGGGUGAUCCUGUGAUGUGGAGUUCAUUGCUACGAAGUUGUAGUAUCUACAAGAAUGAGAUAGUGGGAAAAAGAGCAGCAAAAGUCUUGAUGGAUCUCGGGCAUGAGGAUUUUGCCAGUUGUUUGCAGGUCUCAAAUUUUUAUUCUGAAGUAGGGGAAUUUGAAGCCGCAUUGCAGAUUAGAGAGAUUGGUAUGGCAAGAAAGGUGACGAGGGAGAUUGGUCGCAGUUUAAUUGAGGAAACAUGCUAGAUGACAACUUUAACAUACUUGGAGAGGCUGAAGACCUGGGCAUAGCAGAAGAUGAUGUGGAACUUUUUGAGAUCCCAUCUUGGACAAGUGAACGUGGUGGCAAGGUUCUUGUGAAUGUGGAUAGCUUUGGUGCAG